CACUGUUUGUGCAAUGCUCUUUCUGUCUCAUUCUCUCUCGCGCACUCUCUCUCUCUCUUUCUCUCGCACGCGUGUGCACAUUCAUUCUCUCGUGUGCUUUGAAGGCUCAGAGCCUGAGGGCUGCUGGGUGAGCGGCAGGAGCAGCGGCAGCAGCAGUGGCAGCAGCGGCGGAGAAGGAGGAGGAGGAGGAUGGGGGACCGGGGGUUUGAAUAGGCUGGAGGGAAGGCAGGAGCAAAGAGGAAGGAAGGGUCAUGCUGUCAAGCUGUUACUGAGCUUGCUUCUGCACCGGGACCUGCCACCAGGACCAGCCACCAGGACCACCAAUCAUUUUCCUAAGGUCUACUAAGGUUUUUCCCAAGAAAGAAACCCAGGAAACUUUCCCACUUCCACUGUUCCACUUUCCCUGCCCACCAAUGGAGCUCCAGAGGGCUACCAGCAUGCCUGGACCCCUGUCUCCUGGACCUUUAUCUCCAGGACACGUUUCUCCCAGGCACAUCUCUCCAGGACCUCUGUCCCCAGGUUUAGGACCCUCGUCUCCAGGUUCUGUCUCCGCUCCCUCCUCAAGUCCCGGGCCGAGCUACGGCGGGGCAGCCUUCAACUACAACCAGCUGGAGGGUCGAUUUAAGCAACUGCAAGAUGAGCGCGAGGCGGUGCAGAAGAAAACCUUCACUAAGUGGGUGAACUCCCACCUGGCGCGAGUCUCCUGCCGCAUCACCGACCUCUACAUGGACCUCAGGGACGGCCGGAUGCUCAUCAAGCUGCUGGAGGUUCUGUCUGGAGAGAAGCUGCCGAAGCCGACGAAAGGCCGAAUGCGGAUCCACUGUCUGGAGAAUGUGGAUAAAGCCCUGCAGUUCCUGAAGGAGCAGCGGGUUCACCUGGAGAACAUGGGCUCCCACGACAUCGUAGACGGCAACCACCGCCUCACCCUCGGCCUCAUCUGGACCAUCAUCCUGCGCUUCCAGAUUCAGGACAUUAGCGUGGAGACGGAGGACAAUAAGGAGAAGAAGUCUGCUAAGGACGCUCUGCUGCUGUGGUGUCAGAUGAAGACUGCAGGAUAUCCUAACGUCAACAUCCACAACUUCACCACCAGCUGGAGAGACGGCAUGGCCUUCAACGCUCUUAUUCACAAACACAGGCCUGAUCUGAUUGAUUUUGAUAAGCUGAAGAAAUCGAAUGCGCACUACAAUCUGCAGAACGCCUUUAACCUGGCUGAGCAGCACCUGGGCCUCACCAAACUCCUGGAUCCAGAGGAUAUCAGUGUGGAGCAUCCUGAUGAGAAGUCAAUCAUCACCUACGUUGUCACCUACUACCACUACUUCUCUAAGAUGAAGGCUCUGAAGGUGGAGGGGAAGCGUAUCGGAAAGGUGCUGGAUAAUGCUAUUGAAACUGAGAAGAUGAUCGAGAAGUACGAGUCUCUGGCCUCUGAUCUGCUGGAGUGGAUUGAGCAGACCAUCAUUAUUCUCAACAAUCGCAAGUUUGCCAACUCUCUGGUGGGAGUUCAGCAGCAGCUCCAGGCCUUCAACACCUACCGAACCGUGGAGAAACCUCCCAAAUUUACAGAAAAAGGCAAUCUGGAGGUUCUCCUGUUCACCAUUCAGAGCAAAAUGCGAGCCAACAAUCAGAAGGUCUACAUGCCUCGAGAGGGAAAACUCAUAUCAGACAUCAACAAGGCGUGGGAGAGGUUGGAGAAAGCAGAGCACGAGCGAGAGCUGGCUCUGAGGACGGAGCUGAUUCGUCAGGAGAAGCUGGAGCAGCUCGCCCGCCGGUUCGACCGCAAGGCGGCCAUGAGAGAAACGUGGCUGAGCGAGAACCAGCGACUCGUCUCACAGGAUAACUUCGGCUUCGACCUGCAGGCGGUGGAGGCGGCGACGAAGAAGCACGAGGCCAUUGAGACGGACAUCGCGGCGUACGAGGAGCGUGUGCAGGUGGUGGUGGCCGUGGCCGGAGAGCUGGAGGCGGAGAACUAUCACGACAUUAAGAGAAUCACGGCUCGUAAAGAUAACGUCCUGCGGCUGUGGGAUUACCUGCUGGAGCUGCUGAGAGCCCGCAGACAGAGGCUGGAGCUGAACCUGGGUCUGCAGAGGGUCUUCCAGGAGAUGCUCUACAUCAUGGACUGGAUGGACGAGAUGAAGAUGCUGCUGCUCUCUCAGGAUUAUGGGAAGCAUCUCCUGGGCGUGGAGGACCUGCUGCAGAAACACGCUCUGGUGGAAGCGGAUAUCGCCAUACAGGCUGACCGCGUCAAAUCCGUCAAUUCCAACGCGCAGAAAUUUGCUGACGACAGUGAGGGCUACAAGCCCUGCGACCCGCAGGUGAUCCGGGACCGCGUGGCCCACAUGGAGUUCUGUUAUCAGGAGCUGACCCAGCUGGCGGCGGAGCGGCGCGGCCGGCUGGAGGAGUCCCGCCGCCUCUGGAAGUUCUUCUGGGAGAUGGCAGAGGAGGAGGGCUGGAUCCGGGAGAAGGAGCAGAUCCUGUCGUCGGAGGACUGCGGGAAGGACCUGACGGCGGUGGUGCGUCUCCUCAGUAAACACAAGGCGCUGGAGGAUGAGCGCAGCGGGCGCGCCGGGCGCCUCCAGCAGACGGUGCAGCAGGGCGAGGAGCUGGUGGCCGCCGGUCACUUCGGUGCCGAUAAGAUCCGGCAGCGCAUCUCCGACGUCCAGGAGCAGUGGGCCAGCCUGGAGCGCCUGUUCUCCGCCCGCAGGACCCGCCUGCAGGACGCCUGCGCCCUGCACCAGUUCCAGGCCGACGCCGACGACAUGGACGCCUGGAUGCUGGACGUCCUGCGCAUCGUCUCCAGCGCGGACGUGGGACACGACGAGUUCUCGGCGCAGUCGCUGGUGAAGAAGCACAAGGACGUGGCGGAGGAGAUCAGCAGCUACCGGCCGGUGCUGGACGCGCUGCACGAGCAGGCCAGGACGCUGCCGGAGGAGCAGGCGCGGGCGGGCGAGGUCAGCGGGCGGCUGGCGGGAAUCGAGGAGCGCUAUAAGGAGGUGGCGGAGCUCACCAGGCUGAGGAAGCAGGCGCUGCAGGACGCGCUUGCGCUCUAUAAGAUGCUGAGCGAGGCCGACGCCUGCGAGCUGUGGAUCGUGGAGAAGGAGCAGUGGCUGAACAGCAUGGAGAUCCCUGAGAAGCUGGAGGACCUGGAGGUGAUUCAGCACAGGUUUGACAGUCUGGAGCCGGAGAUGAACAGCCAGGCCUCUCGAGUGGCCGUGGUGAAUCAGAUCGCUCGCCAGCUCAUCCACAGUGGACAUCCCAGCGAGAAGGAGAUCAAAGGCCAGCAGGACAAACUCAACACCAGGUGGAGUCAGUUCCGUGAUCUGGUGGACAGGAAGAAGGAAGCCCUGAACUCGACUCUUGGAGUGCAGAACUAUUACCUUGAGUGCAACGAGACCAAGUCCUGGAUCCGCGAGAAGACCAAGGUCAUCGAGUCCACGCAGGACCUGGGGAACGACCUGGCCGGAGUCAUGGCCCUCCAGCGCAAGCUCACCGGCAUGGAGCGAGACCUCGUCGCAAUCGAGGACAAACUGGGAGACCUGGGUAAAGAGGCCGACCGCCUCUCUGAAGAGCACGGAGACAAAGCCUCCGGCAUCAAAGGACGGCUGGGCGAGAUCAAAGACGUGUGGGAGGAGAUGAAGGGAACCCUGCGCACCCGCGAGGAGUCCCUGGGCGAGGCCAGCAAGCUCCAGCAGUUCCUCCGGGAGCUGGACGACUUCCAGGCCUGGCUCUCCCGCACCCAGACGGCCGUGGCCUCCGAGGACAAGCCCAACACGCUGGCCGAGGCCGAGAAGCUGCUGGCCCAACACGAGGGCAUCAAGAACGAGAUCCGUAACUACGAGGAGGACUACCAGAAGAUGAGGGACAUGGGCGAGAUGGUGACCCAGGGCCAGACGGACGCUCAGCACAUGUUCCUCAGGCAGAGGCUGCAGGCGCUGGACACCGGCUGGAACGAGCUGCAGAAGAUGUGGGAGAACCGACAGAAGCUCCUGUCCCAAUCUCACGCCUACCAGCUGUUCCUCAGAGACACCAAGCAGGCUGAGGCCUUCCUCAACAACCAGGAGUAUGUUCUGGCUCAUACGGAGAUGGCGGACACGCUGGAGGGAGCCGAGGCGGCCAUUAAGAAGCAGGAGGACUUCAUGACCACCAUGGACGCCAACGAGGAGAAGAUAAACGCUGUGGUGGAGACGGGGCGCCGGCUGGUCAGCGACGGGAACAUCAGCGCCGAGAGAAUCCAGGAGAAAGUGGACUCCAUUGAUGAGAGACGUAAGAAGAACCGCGGAGCAGCCAGUGAGCUUCUGACGAAGCUGAAGGAUAACCGGGAUCUGCAGAGGUUCCUGCAGGACUGUCAGGAGCUGUCUCUGUGGAUCAGUGAGAAGAUGCUGACGGCGAAGGACAUGUCGUAUGACGAGGCGAGGAACCUGCACAGCAAGUGGCUGAAGCACCAGGCCUUCAUGGCAGAACUGCAGUCCAACAAAGAGUGGCUGGACAAGAUCCAGAAGGCCGGCUCUGCGCUGGUGGAGGAGAAGCCAGAGACGGAGGCGGUGGUUCAGGGGAAGAUGGAGAUGCUGAAGAAGACGUGGGAGGAGCUGGAGUCCACCACCCAGACCAAAGCCCAGUGUCUGUUCGACGCCAACAAGGCCGAGCUCUUCACCCAGAGCUGCGCCGACCUGGACAAGUGGCUCUCCGGCCUGGAGGGACAGAUCCACUCCGACGACUUCGGAAAAGACCUGACCAGCGUCAACAUCCUGCUGAAGAAGCAGCAGAUGCUGGAGAGUCAGGUGGAGGUGAGGCAGAAGGAGGUGGAGGAGCUGAGGUCUCAGGCUCAGGCUCUGAGUCAGGAGGGGAAGGGUUCGGACGAGGUGGACGGGAGACGUCGGGGGGUGGAGGUAAAGUUCCAGCAGGUGCAGGAGCCUCUGAAGAAGCGCCGGAGCAACCUGAUGGCCUCGCGAGAAAUCCACCAGUUCAACCGAGACGUGGAGGACGAGAUCCUUUGGGUUGAGGAGAGAAUGGCCUUGGCUACGUCUACUGAUCACGGCAAUAAUCUACAAACCGUCCAGCUGCUCAUCAAGAAGAAUCAGACCCUCCAGAAGGAGAUCCAGGGCCACCAGCCGAGAUAUGAUGAUAUAUUUGAGCGGAGCGUCCGCACGCUGCAGGAGGAGAGCCCGGUGAGCGCGGGGAUCCGGCUGAGGCUGGAGGAUCUGCAGAGGAUCUGGAAGCUGAUCCAGGAGGAGGUGGAGAAACGGCACGGCCGUCUGGAGGAGGCGCACCGAGCUCAGCAGUACUACUUCGACGCCGCGGAGGCCGAGGCCUGGAUGAGCGAGCAGGAGCUGUACAUGAUGUCUGAGGAGAAGGCCAAGGAUGAGCAGAGUUCGGUGGCGAUGCUGAAGAAGCAUCAGAUUCUGGAGCAGGCAGUGGAGGACUACGCCGAGACCGUGCACCAACUCUCCAAAACCAGCAGAGCGCUGGUGGCCGCCGGGCAUCCGGAGAGUGAGCGGAUCAGCAUGCGUCAGUCUCAGGUGGAUAAACUGUACGCCGGACUGAAGGACCUGUCGGAGGAACGGCGAGGAAAACUGGACGAGAGAUCCCGUCUCUUCCAGCUGAACCGGGAGGUGGAUGAUCUGGAGCAGUGGAUCGCCGAGAGGGAGGUGGUCGCCGGGUCUCAUGAACUCGGUCAGGAUUACGAGCACGUGACCAUGCUUCAGGAGCGUUUCCGGGAAUUCGCCCGCGACACCGGGAACAUCGGGCAGGAACGCGUCGACGCCGUCAACAAAAUGGCCGACGACCUCAUCAACUCGGGUCACGCGGACGCGGCGACCAUCGCGGAGUGGAAGGACGGGCUGAACGAGGCGUGGGCGGAUCUGCUGGAGCUGAUCGACACUCGCACUCAGAUCUUAGCGGCUUCGUACGAGCUGCACAAGUUCUACCACGACGCCAAGGAGGUGCUCGGACGCAUCCUGGACAAACACAAGAAGCUCCCGGACGAGCUGGGCCGAGACCAGAACACCGUGGAGACGCUGCAGAGGAUGCACACCACCUUCGAGCACGACAUCCAGGCCCUGGGGUCGCAGGUGAAGCAGCUGCAGGAGGAUGCGGUCCGUCUGCAGUCGGCGUACGCCGGGGAUAAGGCGGAUGAUAUCCAGAGGCGGGAGGGGGAGGUGCUGGAGGCGUGGCGCUCUCUGCUGGAGGCCUGUGACGGGCGGCGCGUUCGGCUGCUGGACACCAGCGAUAAGUUCCGCUUCUUCAGCAUGGUGCGCGACCUCAUGCUCUGGAUGGAGGACGUCAUCCGGCUCAUCGAUGCUCAGGAGAAGCCCAGGGACGUGUCGUCUGUGGAGCUCUUAAUGAAUAAUCAUCAGGGCAUUAAAGCUGAGAUCGACGCUCGAAACGACAGUUUCACCACCUGCAUCGAGCUGGGAAAAGCUCUGCUCGCACGCAAACACUACGCUUCAGAAGAGAUCAAAGAGAAGUUGCUACAGCUGACGGACAAGAGGAAAGAGAUGAUUGAUAAGUGGGAGGACCGGUGGGAGUGGCUACGAUUAGUGCUGGAGGUGCACCAGUUCUCGCGGGACGCCGGGGUGGCGGAGGCGUGGCUGCUGGGUCAGGAGCCGUACCUGUCCAGCCGGGAGAUGGGUCAGAACGUGGACGAGGUGGAGAAGCUCAUCAAGAGACACGAAGCCUUCGAGAAGUCGGCCGCCACCUGGGAGGAGCGCUUCUCCGCUCUGGAGAGACUUACCACGAUGGAGUUAUUGGAAGUGAGAAGAAUGCAAGAGGAAGAAGAGAAGAAGAGACAGCCCCCGCCUGAAGAAGCUCCGCCCGCCGAAGAACCAUCUCCACAACAGAGGGAGGGCGAGCAGGUCUCUCAGAACGGGCUGCCCACAGAGCAGGACUCUCCCCGGGAGGCAGCGGGAGGAAGUGAUGUCGUCAACGGGGUGGCGGAGACCAGUCCAAGCUCCUCCCCCACAGGAAGUCGAAAGGGAAAAGCAAGUCAAGCCGCCACUCUCCCAACGAAAGCCCAGGACACGCCUCCCGCCCAGAUAGAGGGCUUCCUGAACCGCAAACACGAGUGGGAGGGGCAUAACAAGAAGGCAUCCAAUAGAUCUUGGCACAACGUGUACUGCGUGAUCAAUAAUCAGGAGAUGGGCUUCUAUAAAGACAGUAAAAGUGCCAGUCAGGGCAUCCCGUACCACAGCGAGAUCCCCAUCAGUCUGAAGGAUUCCACCUGUGAGAUCGCCCUCGACUAUAAGAAGAGGAAGCACGUCUUCAAACUCAAACUUUCAGACGGAAAUGAGUAUCUCUUCCAAGCCAAAGACGAUGAGGAGAUGAACUCAUGGAUCCAGGCGAUCUCCUGCGCCACGCCCUCUGAGAUCAGCAGCCAUAGCACCCCUGCCUCGGGCCGCGCCCACACCCUGCCCGCCUCCGCCAGCGUGUCCGACUCCAGCCCGGGCAAACGGGAGAAGGACAAGGAGAAGCGCUUCAGCCUCUUCAGCAAGAAGAAGUAGAUCCAGGCUCCUCCUCCUCCUCCACCGUUUCUCCGUCACUCUCUCGUUCCUGAAGCCCGACUCCAGCAUGCAAAGCUCAGAGCCAAAACUCCGCCCUCGGUGCCUGAUCUCUCUCUCUGAGUGGCUCAGGAGCUGCGAGAGGACUGUUAUAUUAUAAUUAGGGGUCGGCGCGAGAGGGCGCUCGCCGCCGUCGCUCCGGGGACGAGACCCGUUCUCCAUUCGCAUCUCCUGCUUACGUUUUGGAUAGACCCGCUUUAGUGCUUUAAGUCUCGCGUUGGGUUUUUCUUCUCCGUCUCGUUCUUUAUUUGUAAGCGUGAGAAGUUUGUAGGAUGUGCCCUCAGUUUUCGUGAGGCUUUCUGCUGGCCUUCCGCCCGAUGAAGGAGGGCUAGCAGCGGUGCUUUUGGACUCUUACGAAGUUUCCGUUACGUCGUUAACCUCCCGUCCACUUUGAGUUACUAAUAAAUACCCUUCAGCCAUUACCGAUUUCCUUAAAGGGCAAUCUCUGUACUAAAGAACUUAGUAUGAAGCGAAUGCAUCUGAAUGCAAAAAACAAAAAAAACGCCAUAAGAGGUGGACAGUCCAGAUCUGGAACGUGUAAAUCCACUCCAGGAUUUAGUUUCAACUCCCUUUGGCUGCUUAUCUACACUAAAAAUUCAAUUUCCUUGAAAGCUUAGCUUUAAAAAAGCAAAACAAGCAGCUCAACAGUUCAAUUCCCUUGGUAGCUUAGCUGCAGAAAAAAAUCUAAUACCUGAGCAGCUUAGCUGCAAUAACAAUUCAAUUCCCUGAGCAGCUUAGCUGCGAUAAAAACUCAACUCACUUGGCAGAUUAGCUGCAGGAAAAAAUCAACUCCCUAAGCAGCUUGGUUGCAUCAAAUAUAAAAUAGUGGUUUAAUUGCACUUAAAAUUCUCUCUAAACAACUUCAGAUUCAAACUCAACUCCAAAUUUAACAUUUCAAUUCCAACAACAAUUUAAUUCCCUUGGUAGUUUAGCUACAGAACAAAUUCAAUUCCCUCUGGCAGAUUGACUUUAAUGAAAGUCGGGUGGAAACAGCAGCAGGAUUGAAACUAAAUUCCGGGGUGGAUUUUCUCGUUCUGGACCUGGACUGGCCACCUCUUCCCGCCAUGUAGUGGCAACACAUGCUGGAAUGUUUUACUGAGAUGAUUGUGAUUGGUCAGAUUGUUGGCUACUUAUGAAGGACUAAUUUUGUCAAGAAAUGAAAAACAUUUGGAAAAAAAAAGAGUUUUUUCUUCUUGUACUUGAGUUGCAUUAUAUUGUAUGUUUAAAGGUUAUUUAGAGAAAUUAUGAAUAUAGAUGUAUAAUAUUAACUCCUAAAGGCGAUGUUUGUUUAAGGGGAGGAAACUGGAAUAAAGCUGUAAUGACUGAAAGCAGCUGCUUGCUCGUUGGCUAUAGCGCUGUGUGUUCUCAUUUUGCUACUCUCUCUCUCUCUCUCUCUCUCUCUCUCUCUCUCUCUCUCUCUGGCUACUUAAUAAAAUUAGUGUGCAUUCUCCGUCUGUGUAACUACUGUAAUAAUACAUCUCCAUCAUUACUGCACAGUUAAAACGCCAUAAUACCGCCGGGACCUGCUGAUCACCACCUAAAAACACGGACCCGGACCUAAUCUGGAUCAAUCUGCACCUGUAGCCUUUUACCCUAUCUGUUAAAUAUGUGCAAAGUCAUUAAAAUGCUUUUGAAAUUAAGAA